UUUUUACUCCAAACAAACGCUCCGACGAUUGUAUAUGUUUUCGUGGGACCAUUGCGGAGUAUAUUGGAAUACACGGACACACGCGACGUUUUACUCCCUGCUUCCGGGGACGAGGUGGAUAAUCGCUGAGUAAUCCGGCCCGUCGAUCAGCGGUGUGUCGCGUAGAGGAGCAACAAGUCGCCUUGCCUCUCAUCGCCAGCGCGCCCGUGGUCGCGGUACCUUCGUUGCACGAGCGUGGAUACAACAUGUCCGCUACGACCCGGGUCGGUGUGGUCCCCGGGAUCUCGUACUACGCGUGCGGCGCGAUACGAUGAUGCGCGCGCGACGUAUACGAUCUUAGGGGGUAAACGCGAUGCGUCCACGCGCUACGUCGACGACGGCGUACGACGAUCUCGCGUACAACGACGACGACGACGGCGACGACUUUGCAUACGCAUUGUACGACGAUGACGGAGUCGGAACUUUGCCGGCUAUGCGCCGAGACCAAGGACAGUCUCAUCGGGAUCUACGACGCCGAAGGCCAGAAGCUCGCGAUCGAGGCCAAGAUCGCGAAAUGCCUGCAGAUACAGGUUGUAAUAACAGAUGGCUUGCCACUCAUGGUUUGCAUAGACUGCUGUGAUUCAUUGAACCAGUGCAAUGAAUUCUUUGAGAAGACUAAUCAAGCACAAAUAUCUCUGAAACAAUUGCUAAUAGAUCCAAAGUCUGAACCACAACCGACCGAACCAAAUAUAGAUUGUGUUGAGGAGACCGUAGAGUUUCCAAAGAAUGAAGCUAACAAUAAGGAGGAGAUUAUCCAAUGUCAAUUAUCUGGCAAUUAUAUCAAUGAAACAGUCAAUAUCUUGAAUAAUUCUUACUUCAUUGAGGGAUGUAAUAAAAACGCGAAUUCCGAAACUCAAGAAAUGCAAGAUAAUGCAAAACAGAAGAAGUGUAAGAUACAGAUAAAGAAGAGCUCUCCCAAACAAACUAAGAAAAAAUUAAAGAAAAAAGGUCAGAUACAAAAGAUUGAAGAAGAAUCUGAGCUUGAUAUACCUUCUCAAGUAGACAAGGAACAGAAUGAUGUCGCAAAUGAAGUCAUAGAUAAUUAUAUGCCUGUAGAGACAGAAUCAAAUUUAGAAAUAAGAGAAACACGAACGAUAGACCCAACAAAGCAUGGAAGAAAAAAGACAGAAGGUUUGGAGAGAUAUCCUUGGUUAUGUACAGAUUGUAAUGACAAAUUACCAUCUCUAGAAGCAUUAGAGGAGCAUCAUGAAAUGGUGCAUAAUCAGCAAGCCAAGUAUAUGUGUGUGCAAUGUUGUAAGGUUUAUGAUAAAUAUUAUGGGUUUCUUACUCAUGUUAAAAGGCAUAAGAAUAAAGCGAAGUUCAGCUGUGACGAUUGUGGAAAAUCAUUUGUACAUAAAAAAGUAUUAGACUCUCAUAAGACAAUUCACAGCGAGGAACGGCCAUAUGUGUGCCAAACUUGCGGUAAAGCUUUUAGGCAGCAAAGUGCUUUAUGUAUUCAUAAUCGAUGCCAUUUACCUGAAACUAUGAAGAAUAGAUUUCCAUGCGAUCAAUGUGAUAAAAGGUUCUCAACAAAACCAAAUCUUGUAACACACAAACGUAUUCAUUCUGGUGUCAGAAACUUCACGUGCGAUCAAUGUGGUAAAAGUUUCAUACAGAAAGGAAAUUUAGAAGCUCAUUUCUUAACUCAUUCACCAGAUAAGCCAUACAAUUGCUCUCAAUGUACAAAAGCAUUUAAAACACCCUUACAAUUGAAAAAACAUGAAACAGUACAUACUGGUGCCAAGCCGCAUCAAUGUGCUGUAUGUGGACGAACUUUUAGAGAGAAAGGAACCUUGAGAGAACAUCACAGAAUUCAUACCGGUGCAAUGCCGUUUACCUGUGAAUUCUGUGGAAAGUGCUUCCGUUUUAAAGGGAUAUUAACUACACACAGGCGACAACACACCGGAGAGCGUCCGUACAGUUGUUUGGAGUGUCAGCAUCAUUUUACGAAUUGGCCAAAUUAUAACAAACACAUGAAACGUAGACAUGGAAUUAAUACUUCUCACACUAAGCAUCUAACCAAUAAUCAACAAUUGCAACAGCAGCAGCCGACCGAACAAACACAGACUCCGAUACAACAGCAGUCUGCUGAAGAGGAUCCACUUCCAAUACCUCAAACAGAAUCAACGACAGUACAAGUAAUACAAGCAGUUCCUCAUGCUUCAGCAUCACAACCGAUAGUCAUCCAAGCUAUUCCAACAACUGCUAUUCAGACUUUUCAAACGGAUGUCACUAGUACUGUCCAAGAAACGGUAUUCAGAGAUCGAAACACAUAUUUCAAUCCAGUGCCAGGGUUACAAAACUUUUUGCCAACGAACUUGCCGUAUAACUUUUACAGCAUUCCUAAUGUUACGGAAAAUGAUUUAAUUCAACAUAGGUAAAAGUUAAGAUGAAGCUUGAAUAAAGACGACUAUGUUUUUGUGCCGAUUGAUUAAAGUUGGAAAACAUGCGACAAUAACGUAUUAAAUCAAUAUAAAAUUUCUAAAUAUCUAAAUUGGUUUACGGUCUAAAAAUAAGAUACUUAUUGUUUAGACAUGCAAACAGAAAAGUCAAUAAUUAUUUAAAUAUGUUAUAAUUUAAAUAAUUAGUUCGCAUGUAAUCCUCACAGAAUCUAAAAGCUAAAAGAUUGGAACAAAAACAUGGGAACUAGUUAAAUGCAUAAGUACAUAAAUAGUAUCAGCCUUUUGUAUAGAAUCAGACAAAAUAAUUAUAUACGUUUUAUAUUGUA